AUGUACCUCUCGCUGCUAUUCUCCCUCUUCAUCAUCUUCAACCCAAGCCUCUCCCAACCAUCCAACUUCUGGCUUACGUACAUGAAAUUUGACAGCUACGACCCCCAAUACCGGCAUCAAGCCGGCGGCGUCUUCACAACUCCACAAGGGCUACCCAGCUGGCAAUGUGACGAGGCGACAUACGACUCGGGCAUCUGGCCCGACAGAGACGACGUGAGCGGCGAUAAGCUAGGGGUGCGCUUCGAUCCUAGCGACGACGUCGGGUUCCCGUUGUACCGGGACCCGCUCGAGGUUGUUGAGUUCAACACGGGGAAGUUCUGGCCAGGUCAUCAGACCAUUUACUCCGAUCGCGACUACAGCAUGUACGAUCUGCAUAACCAGAAGACAGCGCAAUGUUACGGUGAGCAGUUCACAUUCUCUAUUGCGUGUUAA